UUUAAACAAAGACAAAACAUUCAAAAAAAAAACACAACUACUCCAAGAACUACAAAAGAUCCCAAAAAAAACAAAAAACUUUAACCAUCUUAAAAUCCCAUAAUGCUUCAUGGGGUUUUCAAGAUUUUGAUUAUCUCUAACUUUUCUUGAUCCCACAAAUUUCAUAAUGUGUUUACUUUUUUCAAAUUGUUAACACAAACAAACAAACAAACAAACAAUGGAGCUUCUUUGCAUAUAUUUACCUUCUUUAAUUUUUCACUUCUCUUUAGCAUUUGCUACUGUUUUAGAAGACCGCCCUUUUGUUUCUCCACCAUCUUCUUCUCCAGUCUCUGCUUCCAUGGCCGCCUUCUCUCCAGGAGUUCAAUUGCAACUGGGAAUGGAAGAAGAUGACCACCAUAAAAUGAAGUUAGACAAAAAAGUAGCCAUUUUGCUUAUUGUUGCUUGUGGAAUUUUUGCCUUAAUUGUCCUCUCUUCUAUAUUUGGUUGCUGCAUUUAUUUUUGGAGAUUCUCUCAAAGAAAGAAAAAUGCACAUGCCUCAGAUAAUGAGAAAGGGCUAACAUUAACACCAUUCUUGGGUAAAUUUAGUUCACUGAGGAUAAUUAGUAACAGAGGAUCUGCUCCUUUCAUUGAUUAUAAGGUGCUAGAGAAAGGAACAAAAAGUUUUGGAGAUGAAAAUUUAUUGGGUAUUGGUGGAUUUGGAUAUGUUUAUAAAGCUGUUUUGGAAAAUGAUAAGCAUGUUGCAGUCAAGAAACUAGACUGUGUAGGUGAUGAUGCACAUAGAGAAUUUGAGAAUGAGGUGGAAUUACUAAGCAAAAUGAAUCAUCCAAACAUUAUUUCCCUUAUGGGUUAUAGUGUACAUGAAGAGAUGGGUUUCAUUGUUUAUGAAUUGAUGCCAAAUGGGUCCCUUGAAGACCUUCUGCAUGGACCCUCUGGUGGAUCUUCAUUAAGCUGGCAUAUGAGGCUAAAAAUUGCUCUUGAUACUGCAAGAGGAUUAGAAUAUCUUCAUGAAUUUUGUAAACCAGCAGUGAUACAUAGAGAUCUGAAAUCUUCUAAUAUACUCUUAGAUUCCAACUUCAAUGCCAAGCUAUCAGACUUUGGUCUCGCUGUAGCCGAUAACUCACAUAACCGGAGCAAGCUGAAGCUUUCAGGCACAGUUGGUUAUGUAGCUCCAGAGUAUAUGUUGGAUGGGGAGCUGACGGAAAAGAGCGAUGUCUAUGCUUUCGGGGUGGUGCUUUUGGAGCUUCUACUAGGACGGCGGCCUGUGGAAAAAUUGGCACCAGCUCAUUGCCAAUCUAUUGUAACAUGGGCCAUGCCUCAGCUAACUAACAGAGCCUCACUUCCAAACAUUGUGGAUCCCAUGAUCAAGGAUACUGUCGACGAAAAAUACUUGUUCCAGGUUGCUGCGGUGGCUGUGUUAUGUGUUCAACCGGAACCGACAUACCGUCCUCUAAUAACAGAUGUUGUGUAUUCUCUUAUUCCGUUGAUUCCUCUCGAGCUUGGAGGAACCCUAAGACUCAACACUCAGCCUGCACCUAUCUGAGCGGCUAAACAUCAAGAAGACGGGUUCUGUUAUGAUGCACAUCAUCUUUUAGAGUUUUGGUUAUUUAGAUUGAAGAUGGUUUAUCCAGGUGAACCAAAGAUCAUUGGAAUUUUGUUCAGCAUUUGUAAAUUCAAUAUUUAAUCAAAUAUAGCAUUCUCACAUUUCAUGUCCACUUCCCAAAGUGCAAAUAAUAACUUGCAUACACUAGAAUUUUCUUGUGGGAUAUUUUUAUUGAGGCAUUAUUUGCAAAUAAAAGUUAACUUUUCACA